CGCCCGCUGUCAAUCAGAGCCUCGUAAGCGCGACUACAGUAAGAGCUUAUCGUUGAGCAGAGCGCAGCCUGUUCGCAUUUCAGCCUGUAGUUCAUGCAUAGACAUCACGAAACCUCGUUAUCUUUAUUCGGAUCCUCUGCAUUUCUUGUUUUCCUUUCAUUCCUGCCUUUAUGAGAUGGAGAAGAGGGCGCUUUGGACAUCCUUUGUAACCCUCAUCCUCUGCGCACCAGCGUCAGGAAACCUGCCACAGUGUAAAGAGACAGACUACUACUUUGAGUACACAGAGUGUGACAGCACAGGCUCCAGAUGGAGAGUCGCCAUUCCUCACAGACAGGGGAGCUGCUCGGGCCUUCCAGAACCUGUCAGAGGCACAGACUGCACUUUUUCUUGUGAAGCUGGGGAGUUUUUAGAGAUGUCAUCCCAGCAGUGCACUUCAUGUGCGGCUGGCUCUUAUUCAUUGGGCAGCGGCGUGCGUUUCGACCAGUGGGACUCCAUUCCCGCGGGAUUCAGCAGUUUGGCUACAUACAUGGACUCAGGAGGUUCAGGGGAUGACUCAACGACCUGCAACAAGUAUAUUCUGUUUAUAUAUAUAUAUAUCAGCAUAUUCUAUUCAGCAGUGUAUUUUCUGAUCUGGAUCUGUCUGUUUACAAUGUGCAGUUCUUCAUGGACAGCUCAGGGAACGCACUUGGAAUCCAAUCGUGACGACUGCACAGUAGCGCUGGUGUACGCGGUGCAUCUCAUGAAGCAGGGAUCCGUCUCCUUUGACUAUCAAUAUGUCGACAGCAACAUCUUCUUCGAGUUCUUUAUUCAGAACGACCAAUGUCAGGAGAUGGACCAGACAGGGAGUGAGAAAUGGAUCAAACUCACCACUAAUGGAGAGUGGGGUACUCAUAUGGUAAAUCUGAAGUCGGGAACUAAUAUUCUGUAUUGGAGAACCACAGGAAUGCUCUUGGGUGGGAAACCGGUGAAGCCGGUCCUUUUAAAGAACAUCCAGAUCGAAGGUGUGGCAUACACGUCAGAGUGUUUUCCAUGCAGGCCGGGCACCUUCAGUAAAACCCCAGGCUCUUCCUCAUGUGAACUUUGCCCCAGGAACACUUACUCUGGAAAGGGAGCCAGUUCGUGUACACCAUGCUCCAAGACACAGUACUCCCAGGAGGGAUGGUCACAGUGUAAAGAGAGGCCUCCUUGUUCAGAGAAAGACUAUUUUCAAACCCACACAGCCUGUGAUAGUGACGGCAAGACCCAGAUCCUGUACAGGUGGGUGGAACCUCAGGUGUGUUUGGAAAAUGUGACCGGUUCUGUGACACUGCCCCCUUCUGGAGAGAAAGAGGACUGUCCACCCUGCAAUCCAGGCUUCUACAUGCACAACUCUUCCACCUGUUUACCUUGCCCUCAAGGCACUUAUUCUGAUGGCACCACAGAAUGUCAAAGAUGCCCAGGAGGAACAGAACCUUCUUUAGGAUAUGAAUACAAGUGGUGGAACAUCCUGCCGAGGAACAUGAAAACUUCUUGUUUUAAUGUGGGCAACUCCAAAUGCGAUGAAAUGAAUGGUUGGGAGGUGGCUGGCGACCACAUUCGUAGCGGAGUGGGCGGCUCAGAUAAUGAUUACCUCAUCUUAAAUUUACGAGUGCCUGGAUUCAAACUUCCUACUUCUGUGGACGAUGCUUCAGCUACUGAGUUCGGCCGAAUCACGUUUAUCUUCGAGACCAACUGCAGCGCAGACUGUGAACUCUAUUUUAUGAUAGAUGUCAACAGGAAGAGCACAAAUGUUGUAGAAUCAUGGGUAGGGAGUAAAUUGAGACAAGCAUACACACACAUCAUGACCAAAAAUGCUUCGGUUUCAUACACAUGGGCUUUCCAACGCACCAACAAAGCCUCUGAUGUGCGGCAGUAUGUAAAUGACAUUGCAAAGAUCUAUUCGAUCAUGGUGACUAAUGCGAUGGAUGGCUCAGCGUCUGGUUGCCACGCCUGUGCUAUGAUGAGUCAGCGGGACGGCUCUUCCUGUGUCCCCUGUCCUGCUGGACACUUCAUCAACAAAGACACCAACCAGUGCCAGGAGUGCCCACCCAACACCUUCCUCUCUGGGCAUCACAUUUAUGGCCAAGAGGCCUGUCAGCCAUGCGGUCCUGGAAGCCAGAGCAACAAGGAGCACUCUGUGUGUUUUAACGACUGCAGCUUCUCGCACAUGGAGCAGAACCGAACGCUGACCUACGACUUGAGUGCCUUGAGUUCAGUGGGCUCAAUCAUGAACGGGCCUAGUUUCACAUCCAAGGGAACUAAAUACUACCACCAGUUUAAUAUCAGUCUGUGUGGGGCUGAGGGGAGGAAGGUGGCGAUGUGCACUGACAAUGUCACGGAUCUGUCCAGUAAGGACCUGCAAAAUGAAUCGGCUGACCUUAACAAUUUCGUCGAGACUUUUGUGUGCCAAUCGACCAUCAUCCCUGCAGAUGGACGGGGCUUCAGAACAUCCCUGUCAUCCCAGUCCAUCAGCCUGGCUGACACUUUCCUUGGAGCUUCUGUUGAUAACAGUCUGGAUGGGGUCACUGUCAGCUCAGACCUCUUCCCUGAGUCUUCAUGGAAAGAUCCAGAUAUCAACUUCUUCUAUCGCUCUCCACAGCCCACAGCAUCCUGUCUGAACGGCCGUAGCACAGUCGUGACUCUGCGUUGCAAUCCUGAGAAGAGUGCACGUGGGGAGCUCACUGUGCCAAGCAAGUGCCCAGCAGGAACAUGUAAUGGCUGUGAGUUCCAUUUCCUCUGGGAGAGCUCUAGCGCUUGUCCUCUCUGCACUGAAACAGACUACCAUUCGAUUGAAGGAGCGUGCAAAGGAGGAGUGCAGGACACCCUCUAUGUGUGGAACGAACCAAAAUUUUGCACCAAAGGAGUACCGCUCCCGAACAAGACCUCCGCCCACUGUGAGGUGGUCAGCCUUUGGGUGAAGGCCGGAAUUGGGGGCGGAGCCUUCAUGGCUGUGCUCUUGGUUUGUCUCACAUGUUAUUUCUGGAAAAAGAACAAAAGGCUUGAAUAUAAAUACUCCAGGCUUGUGAUGUCGGCCAAUAAGGACUGUGAGUUGCCAGCAGCGGACAGCUGUGCACUAGCAGAGGGAGAGGGGGAAGAGAAUGAGGAUGAUGUUGUCUACUCAAAUACUCCUUCUUUACUGGGUAAACUGAAAGCUAUCGCGAGCAAGGCAGAUGGAGACAACAGUGAGUCAGUACAGCUGAAGUCUUCUCAGUCAGAGAGAUGGGUUUGGGGAUAACUG